CUCUUGGAAAGACGCAGCAGCAGCAGCCAUGGGCACAGUCUCCCCGAGCAUGUCUAAAGCGCCUUUCUUUUGUCCAGGCGAUGCUUCCUGGCCCACCUGACUGGAGACUGGCCAGGCUCUGUGAAGAAUGGAAUCAAACUCUGUGAGGAGUAAAGUCCCAGCGUUCUUAUCGGACUUGGGGAAAGCGACCCUGCGCGGCAUCAGGAAAUGCCCGCGAUGUGGCACAUACAACGGCACUCGUGGGCUAAGCUGCAAGAACAAGACUUGUGGCACAGUCUUCCGCUACGGCACUCGGAAGCAGGCUGGAGUGGAUGCGGUCAAAAUCGUCACUGGCUCCGAGCUGCAAGUCUAUUCGGUGCGGCAGAGGGACAGGGGGCCAGACUACCGGUGCUUUGUGGAGCUGGGUGUUUCAGAGACCACCAUCCAAACUGUGGAGGGGACUAUCGUCACGCAGCUCAGCUCUGGGCGCUGCUACGUGCCGUCAUGUUUGAAGGCAGCCACACAAGGUGUGGUAGAAAACCAGUGCCAGCACAUUAAGCUGGCGGUGAACUGCCAGACGGAGGCCACCCCGCUCACCCUGAAAAGCUCCGUCUUGAACGCGAUGCAGGCCUCGCCUGAAACAAAGCAAACCAUCUGGCAGCUAGCCACCGAGCCCACGGGGCCUCUGGUCCAAAGGAUUACCAAGAGCAUUAUGGUGGUAAAGUGCAAAGCCAGCCAGAAGCACAGCUUGGGCUAUCUCCACACCUCCUUUGCCCACAAGGCUGGCCAUAAGAACGUGAUGGAGCACCGCUUUUUCUGCUCCUGCCAGUCCCUGAAGUCCAGCAAGACCACCUCUACCAAGGAAGAGGCAGGCCAGAAAUGCCUCCACUUCUUUGCCUGCCUCUGCGCCUUUGCCAGUGACGAUACUUUGGCGCAGGAGUUUGCAGAUUUCCUCAGCUAUGAUUCCACUGGUCUGAAGCCAAUGACAGGAGCCCAGCUGGUUUGCCAGCCUGAAUCUGUUCUGCACUCAGGAGACGCUGCUGCCUCCAAGGCAAAGAGGAGGAAAAAAGACGAAGGGUUCGGCACACCUACAAAUAGCCCCCUCUUGUCUCAAGAUCUGGCAAACAACAACCUACGGAAAGGUGGACUGAAAAAGUCAUCAGCUGCUUCAUUGAAAAGGCAAGCUUGCAGCCAAUUGCUUGAUGAAUCACAGGUGAUCUUGUCUUUCCAAGAGUGGUUGGCCAGCGCCACUGAACGCAUCCAUCAAGCCAUGCAUUACCAGUUCGAUGGCAAACCAGAGCCACUGGUAUUCCACAUACCCCAGUCAUUCUUUGAGGCUCUCCAACAGAGGAUAUCCAUUGGGAGCAUCAAGAAGCGGCUCCCAAAUUCAACCACAGCUUUUGUCCGGAAAGAUGCCUUGCCCCUGGGUACCUUUUCUAAAUAUACGUGGCACAUCACUAACAUCUUGCAGGUCAAGCAGAUCUUUGAUACUCUUGAGAUGCCCCUGGAAAUAACACGCAGCUUUAUCCAGAACCGAGAUGGCACCUACGAGCCCUUUAAGUGCCCCAAAGUUGAGAUGGAGAGCAUCCCAGAGACCUACGGACGCCUGGAGAAGCAACCGGUUCUUCUUCCCUUGGAGCUGAAAACCUUUUUGAAAGUUGGCAACACAUCCCCUGACCAGAAGGAACCGACACCAUUCAUCAUUGAAUGGAUCCCAGACAUCCUUCCCCAGUCCAAAAUUGGUGAACUGAGGAUUAAGUUUGAAUAUGGCCACUACCGGAAUGGUCACACCACUGAAUACCAAGAGCAGCGCCCUUCCCUAGAACAGGCGCUGGAGCUCAUGCCGCUCACCACCAUCACUUUUCCUUGAACUCUACUACUGGUUCAUUUCUUGCACAAGCCCACUCUGGAGGUGGCCAGCCUUUGCCGCUCUCUGGUUGCUGCUUGACUGGGGAGCUUGCCAGGAGCUGGAGCUCAAUGCGGCUUUGUUGUACGCGACCCACUUUUGGUUUUUAAGCAACUGUUGGAGCUACAGUAGUGACUCACACCUCUUUCCUUAAACAAUAUUUUUUUAUGGCUGCUCUGUAUGAAAUUCGUUCAGGUGUUCUCCAUUUCUACCCUGAGACUAAUUUGUGUUCCAGUUUUUGAUUGCUAUGUUUCUGGCACCCCCUUUUGCGAAGUUGAUAAUUUACCUGCAACACACAGGUGGGAGAGGGGCAAAAUGUCUAACUGUUAGGCUGUCUUAGGUAAUUACUACCUAUUUACUUGCAUACUUUACAAUAUAUUUUUAAAAUAAAUUAAAUUGAACCAG